CCGGCCGCUAGGGGGCGCUGGGCGGCCCCGCUCCUCAGCCUGCAGCAUGGCGGCGGCGGGCGCCUCGCGGCCCCAGGCCGGGGUCGCUGCUGCCGCCGCCGCGGCGGAAGAGUCGUCGGACAGCGAGCCGGAGCAGGAGCCGGGCUCCCCGCACAAGCUCAUCCGCAAGGUCUCCACGUCCGGCCAGAUCCGCCAGAAGACUGUCAUAAAAGAGGGGAUGCUGAUGAAACAGACCAGCUCAUUCCAGCGCUGGAAGAGGCGAUAUUUCAAACUGCGAGGACGAACACUCUACUAUGCAAAAACUGCAAAGUCGAUAAUUUUUGAUGAGGUUGAUCUGACAGAUGCCAGUGUGGCAGAAUCUAGCACUAAGAAUAUCAACAACAGCUUCACGGUAGGAUUUAUCAGACCACUUCCAUCCUCCCUUCAUUUCUCCCCCUUCUCCUCACUUUCUAAAUCUGAAGAUUCUGCCUGGUUUGAAAAACUCUCAGCUCCAUUCAUGGCCCCCUCCCUGGGGGAAGUCUAACAGUGCUGUUCAGCCAUCAUUGAAAGGGCAGCUGUUGUACUAACCAAGCCAUAAGAAGAUGCUGGACAGUGGUACAUGGUUUGGUUUGUGGCAGAGAGAUUCCAUUAUUACCUGCUGAGGGUUGCAGUGAUUUCUACAUUAUGGUACACACAACUGAAUGUUCCUGUUUAAUACAAGUGUAUGAUGAGUGCAACCUUAUGGCUAGAUUUUUGUGCAGAAAAGUCAAGAAAUAUAAAUGUAUGUUCCCCACAGCAACUAUAAGCCAUCCCCCUCCAUACAUUAAAUAUUUUGGAUGACUGGGUAUGCUGUUAAAUAUAUGUCUUUAAAGAUACGCUCUUGUUAAACACACGUUUAUUGGGCCUCUCUAAUACUGUUCAUUUAUAUAGCAGGACAGCAUAAUUCCCUCUGCGGCAGGAAUUAUGAGUGAAGUUCUGUGGUGUGUGCUUUGCAGGAGGUCAGAUUAAAUGAAUGUAGUGGUCCUUUCUGGCCUUAGAAUGUGUGAAUCUAUACAUGUGUCAUGGCCAAAUUACAAAUUGUAGCUAUAAACCCCUAGGGAGAGGAGGAAGUAAAAGGGAUUCUACAGAGUUCACAAAGAGCUGCAUACUGAUGUGUAUAGUGGGAGUAGAGGAAGAUAAGAGAUAGUUAAGGUAAGGUUGCAGAACUGGGGCUAGUUCUGUGUAUGCUUUUGCCAGAGGAGCCUGGCAAUAGGUAUUAGCCUUAUCCCAAGUUGUAGCCCUUUGAUCACAUGGAUUUGGACAAAGUGGCUAUGGCAUAAACCCUAGAAUCUGGUUAAAUUCCAGCAUUUUCUCAUAGAAGGCAUCUUCCAGUCUUGUAGUCAAGGGCUCAGAGAUGGCCUUGCUGAGUUUGAAAGUGAGUACCCACACUACUCUCCAGGGUCCAGUGAUUUCUAUACAGGACAGGGAAUCAGGAACCCUUGAGUUCUAAUCCCGGUACUGACACGUAUUCUCCCUGUGGCUCUGGGAAAGCACCAAUGCCUGCCUCAGCUUCCCAAUCUAUAAAUCAGAAUAAUUUUACAGGUAAAAACUCUAGUGAGGAUUAUUUACAAUGUGUACAGUGCUCGAGUAAUGCAAGCAUUGUAGAAGUGCUAACAUUGUUACUGUAUUAGUUGUGGUAAUUUGGGAACAUCUCUAAUUUCUGCCUGGGGCAAUGGAUGUAUUGUGGGGAGGCAGACGGAAUCAUCAUGUUGCUUAUACAAUUUCCUGCAUCUGAGCAAAGCUGUGAAGGAGGAAUCACUUCCAGGACAGUGGCACCAGGCCAUGCUAUUCCCCUGCCUUUCCUAGGGGCUCAGGGAACAGGAGAAUUAGCUUGGUUCUCAGGAAACAGCAAAUGGUGCUCUGUCUCUCUGGCUCAUGUAUCAUGGCUGCUCAGGUAGUCUGUAGGAAAAUAUCUGACCUCUGUGGCUUUCUGCCUGUUCUAUCUAUUGAGAUUCAUACGUGGGUUUGACUGUGGUCCACCCUGAGCUAUAAAAACUACUCUGCUAAUCAAAAGGUUGGGUAGUUGUUAUACUGUUUGGUCUGCCACAUCACUGCAGUCAUUGCUUUGGAUUCCUCAGAACCCUACAAUUUUCUCCAGUUCUGUUUGUGAGUGCUCUCUGACUUCCCUUCUGCGUCUUCCCAGCUCGCUUCCCCUC